AUGACCACCGAGGAAUUACUCAUUGAUGUUGACGAGGCCGAUGUGGCGGUUUUAGAUGACAAUCUGAGGUCGAUACGGCAAAUUGGCCAAACCAUGAGCUCCUCGUUAAAAGAUAUACAGGAUCGAGCUACUAGUUCAUCCAGGAACAUCUCGCCAUUGGUUCGCAGUUCGAAGAAACUGGGAAUGUACCAUACGAACAUAGUGGAGAGUUUUGAGGUGAUAAAGGUGAUAAAGAGCUAUGCGAAGCGGGCAUCACAGCUGGAGGCUGUGUUAAACGACAGCGAAUCGAUCAGGAAGGUCGGGGUGAAGGGCUUUGUUGAUAUUCUGAACAAAACGAACGCGUUAAAAGACGAGAUUCAAAACGCCGGACUACAAGAUUUUGAGGGCAUCAUCAGUGGAUUGAGGAGCUCUGUUACCGAAGGAUUGCUGUACCUGCGGCUAUACUACGAUGACGUAUUGGCGAAAUAUUCUCAGUCGUUUGACCCAAUUCCGUAUUUGGAAAAGAAAGAGCAUUAUCCAAUUGUUCAGAAGAAGGCUCUAGAUGAUAUGAGAAUGAUAUUCCAUUACUACUCGAAAAUUGGAUCUUUUGCUGAAGAAAGGCUAGUUUCGCAGAGGUCUGAUAUGGUGAGAAUGAGUAUGAAACCCCUUGAAUCGUCCACAGUUCCUUCGAGUAUCAAGGCAACAUAUGACCGUGGAAGUAAUGGAAUAGCGACAUACAGCGAAGCUCUUAUUCAGUUUGUGACUUCUGAGUCGCAAUUGUAUGGUGCUAUAGCUGGUGAAACCGACGACGUCAAGCGCCUGUUUUCAUCCGUCUUCAAGCAAGCUUUCCAGAGCUACAACGAUGUCCUCAACAAGAUCAUAGAUUUUAGUGUGACCCACACAAGUGGUCAUGGACCAUUGGUCUUUGAAGUCUACCACUGGGUGAACAAAGUACUUUCGAAUAUCCGUGCGAAUAUUUUUACCCCACCCACGUUCUUAGUGGAAUCGAUGUCCAAAGCCAAGAUUCAAUCUGAGAAUUUCUUCAAAGAAUUUUUGGUCGCCAUCGACGCGAAGUUUACAGAAGGACCCGGUGCUAAUCCUGUUGGUGAAUCAGGUAUAAGUUCUCGUGCAAGCGAAUGCUUGACACGGUUGACUAAACUGGCUGACUUCCACGAUCUCCUAUACCCAGUGAUACAAAGUAUAGACAGCGGAGGAUGGUAUCCGCAUCCAAAACCACUCUGGGCUCAAACUUUCUCUACUGUUUCUGGAUCCCUGUCAGCAGAUAAGGCAGAUCCUCGGUUUUUACUGUCAAGUUUUUUCAGUGAUGUGUUGGAUGCGAUUUUUGUGAAUCUCGAGAUUAAAAACAAGCCUUUACUGAAGAAAGAAAACCUUGGGAUAAUGUUGUUGGUGAACAUAUCUGUGGCCGAAGAGUUCAUGAAAAAGACCAAGCUUGGCCUGGUUCUCGGGCAGCCUGGUACCGAUAGACUCGAGAAGCUGAAGAAGAGAGCGAGAACGUAUUUCAGAGACGCAUGGAGUUCGUGUGCUCAGUAUCUCAUGGAUGUGACGGUUAUCAAUGGGUCUGCACACGGCUCGUCUCUCACCUCAAAGGAGCGCGAGGCCAUUAAAGAGAAAUUUAAGAACUUCAACCACGAGUUUGAAGAGAGGUGCAAAGCGUUCAAGUCAUAUCGGAUAACAGAUCCAAAGUUAAAGAAGUAUCUUGUCGACGAGAUAUCCUUCUUAGUGCCACUGUAUGGCAGAUUCUACGACAAACACUCCGGAGGAGAUUUCACCAAGAAUGCAAGCAAAUACAUAAAGUUUGACAAGUCCCAGUUGGAGCAAGCUAUUCGAAGCUUAGCCAACUGA